CAACUAUUAGGAGACGUGUUUGUUGGUUGUUGCAUCACUUUGUAACAAACAGUAACGUUAGCGAGGAAUGAUAAAGAAAGAGAAAAUAAAUUUGUUCCAUUGCUAACAGGAUUCCCUUUAGGCGAUUCAUUUCAGCAAGUCACUCACUGUCUCUCUCGAGGUUACUGAGCAUUCGGAUUUGUCGAAAGAUGGCUGAAGGUUCAGCUGCUGUUCCCAGUACUGAGUUGUUGGAAUGGCCAAAGAAAGAUAGGCGUCGGUUCCUUCAUGCCGUGUACCGUGUUGGUGAUCUUGAUCGUACCAUCAAGUUUUACACUGAGUGUUUUGGAAUGAAGCUGUUGAGGAAAAGAGACAUUCCUGAAGAGAAAUACUCCAAUGCUUUUCUUGGGUUUGGCCCAGAAGAGUCUCAUUUCGUUGUGGAAUUAACGUACAAUUAUGGAGUAACUUCAUAUGAUAUUGGAACUGGUUUUGGGCAUUUUGCAAUUGCAACUCCUGAUGUCUACAAAAUGGUUGAGGACAUCCGUGCGAAGGGCGGCAAUAUUACUAGAGAGCCUGGUCCAGUCAAAGGUGGAUCCACUGUUAUUGCUUUUGUGAAGGAUCCUGAUGGUUACAUUUUUGAGCUAAUCCAAAGAGCUUCUACUCCUGAGCCGCUCUGUCAAGUAAUGCUUCGUGUUGGGGAUCUAGAUCGCUCUGUCAAAUUUUAUGAAAAGGCCCUGGGGAUGAAGCUAGUAAAGAAGGUUGAUAAUCCUGAAUACAAGUACUCCAUAGCCAUGAUGGGGUAUGCAGAAGAACAUGAGACUACUGUUCUUGAGUUGACUUACAAUUAUGGAGUGACCGAGUAUACCAAGGGAAAUGCAUACGCACAGGUUGCUAUUAGUACUGAUGAUGUAUACAAAAGUGGUGAGGUCGUGGAACAUGUUAUACAAGAGCUUGGGGGAAAGGUUACUCGAAAACCAGGCCCAAUUCCUGGAAUCAACACUAAAAUUACCUCUUUCCUAGAUCCUGAUGGCUGGAAAACUGUCCUGGUUGACAAUGAAGACUUUCUGAAGGAACUCCAGUAAGCACUAGGCAGAGUAAUGGAAGAAAGGGCUCUGGAUGCAUUAAGCACGUAAUCCUGCUACUGUGUGAAUAAAUCAGUACCUAGCAGUUUAAGCGAGCAAUAUUCCUGUUUAAAUAUGGUUGUUAUGCGACAUGAACCAUUUUCUACUCAUAUGUUCUGGAUUCUAGUAUGUUGUAUAUGGUUAUGGAGACUAAUAUGGUUGUUAUCACUUGGAAAAGAUCCAAAAUUGUCACAGUUACCUUACUUUUUGAUUUCGAGUCUCUAUUGCCAGAGAUAGGCCCAACGAAAAUAAAUAAAUUUCACAAAGCCUGAUACUAGAGCUGGUUUCAAACUUAUGGGCCUGAAUCCAAAACCAGGCUGCGUUAUUGGAUAGUUAAUAUCCAUUUUUCAA